UUUCUUUGUGAUACUCGCGGAUCACCGAUUCUGUUUGUUGGUUUUAUAUCCUCCUCUCCCCCGUGCCCUAAUCCGAAGGAGAAGGGAGAAGCAAGGUCACAACCGGGUAUCUUCCACAGCCAUCCACGGCCACCGGAUACCCUGAGGCAGAAGAUUCGACGCCCUCGCCCACGGCCGGCCGACACAGCGACGGCUUACUACCAUCACUGUAAGUCAGUUUUCCUGAAUCAUGGAUCGCCCAAAUGGAAAUGAUCAUGAAGGAGUCAGCGUCGUAGGUUUCGAAGUUCCAAGAUCACCCGAUUCAAGCUACAACAACCCUGUAGCAGGAAAUGAAGACGAAGCCCGAGAGCCUCCACUUGUCCCUGCCCAUCUGCACCACACCUCGCUGAACUACCCACCCAGCCAAGACGAUCCAAGUAGUAUCUCAGUUCCCCAAAACGUGAUUCUUAAUCACCUCUACAUCGAGAACCGGGAUGGCCCAAGAUCUGUUGUAGCUAUGGGAAUUACCCACCGUUUCCGAUCGAAGUACGUGACCGUUGUGCUUUAUAAGCCGGUUCAGCGAAGGUGAACAUGACAAUUGACCAUUUAUUUUCUUUUUCUGGCUAUUGGGUGAAUAUUCAGGAAAAGCUGACUGCUGUGGCUGUGACCAACCGACCAAGUAAAAUCCCACCUCACUGACUGCUCAUCUACGUAAAAUUGAACUUAAUUCUCUCCAUUCAUCUUCCUAGGUUUGUCUUCUUAUAUGGGGUUUUUCUGUAUGUUACUGAGGCGGUUGGUCUGCUAUUGAAGUCACUUUAUUAUUGCAUUCUUCAUCCUGUUACUUGUG